AUGGAGGACAGGGUGUGGACUGUGUGCCUUCUUGUCAUUCUGUCGCUGGGAUGGGCCGAGGCUCAGACUCAGAACUUCACCAGGCCCAUCUUCCACUGUGGAGGCCACCUGGUCACAGACUCAGGCAUCGUGGCCAGCGAGGGAUUCCCCAGUCCCUACAAACCCAACAGUAAAUGCACCUGGUACAUCACUGUCCCAGAGGGUCACGUGGUCAUGCUGUCUUUCCGCCUCUUCGACAUGGAGGCCGACCCCACCUGUCGCUACGACUACCUGGACGUCUACAACGGUCACACCCGCCUGGUGCAGAAGCUGGGUCGUUUCUGUGGGACGUUCCGGCCCGGCGCCCUCAUCGCCACCACCAACACCAUGAUGUUAGAGAUGGUGUCGGACGACGCCACGGGAGGACGAGGCUUUCUCGCUUCUUUCAGCGCAGGGAAGCCUCAUGUGGAAGAAAACCAAUUCUGUGGAGGACGUCUGACCAAGUCGCAGGGCUCUGUGAAGACGCCCAACUGGCCCAACACUAAUUACCCAGCAGGCAUCAGCUGCUCCUGGCACAUCUCUGUAGAACCAAACAAUGUGAUCGAAGUGAAGUUCGUGAAGCUGGACUUGGAGCCUGACACGUACUGUCGUUACGACUAUGUGGCAUUGUUUAACGGAGGAGAGAGGGAUAACUCGCGGCGGAUUGGGAAAUUCUGCGGGGACAGGUCACCAGGAACAAUAGUCACAAAUGGGAACGAGCUCCUUGUCCAGUUCGUCUCCGACCUCAGCAUCACCUCCGAUGGCUUCAUGGCCCACUACUCCAGUGUGCCCCGUGGGUCUCGGACGCCCACUGCGGGGGGAGACUUCAUCUAUGGACCUCAGACCACCUCGACACCUCAAAGAACAGUCGUAAGGCCGAGCAAACCCACCAAACCACCACCAAAACCUAGACCUGGAGUCCAGCCCAAACCCACUCCAAAACCAGCCAAGAAACCACUGGUGAAGAUACCACUGAAGCCUCCACCGCGCAAACCUGUGGUCAAACCCACACCUAAACCAAAACCAGAAAAACCCACACCUAAACCACCUGUGAAAAAGCCCACACCUAAACCUAAAACUAAACCUACACCCAAGCCUAAGAUCAUUAAGCCAACGCUCAAACCAAGCAAGGCUAAGCCCACACGUAAGCCUGCAGUGAAGACCAAACCCACCUUAAAACCUCGUGUCAAACCAGUCAAGCCAACCUCUAAGAGCGGAAUUAAACCUACAGCCAAACCCAAGACUUUGCCCAAAGUGACACCCAAACCUGGAGUUAGCAAGACAGUAACGAAGAAGCCUUCUGUGAGCAAGAAACCUUUACCACUGAACCCACUGUGUACUCAAGCCUGCAAGAGGACAGGAACUCUCCAGUCCAGCUUCUGCCCUCAGGACUUCGUGAUUACGGGCAAGGUUACAUCUAUAACCAAUGGCCCGAGGGGCUCAGCGACGGUGGAGGUGUUCCUCAUCAAGGCCUAUAAGGCCGGAAGCCUGAACAUCAUCAAGUCAGGGCCCAUCAUGUCGGUCACGCUGACCUCCACCUGCAAGAGAUGCCCGGGAUUAAUCAAAGGCCGUAACUACGUGUUGAUGGGUAAAGUCGACGCACAGGGCGGCGGCCUUCUCAGCCCCUCCAGCUUCAGUCUGCUCUAUAAACCCAUCCACGCCAAAGCACUGGCCAACCUGGCGCGCAAAGCAUGCUGACAUCACAGCCCCGCCCACCAAUCAGAUGAAGAGCCCUGACCUUCUGUCUGGAAACAUGCAACUUGAUAUAAAGAGUGAAAAUAUUAUGAGUAAUAUCCAACCGUAAUUUUUUUUUUUUUUUUUUUUUUUUUACACAAUGCAAUACUGUCAUUAAAAGUUAUUUUAACAUACAACAUUAAGUAUUAUAUUUGUAUUUUGUAUGUAAAUUAUAAUAUUUUGUGAUAAUAGAUACACGUGAUUCUGGUGCUUGGGGUUAUUUUAAUAUCUCCAUUCCAGUUUUUCAUGACAUUUGACAUGAUUAACUUUUAAAAUGUAUAUUAGACACACACACACAUGAAUACACAGAUGAAUAUUUUUUAUGUUUUUUGUCAUUAAACUCAACAACCACCAACCA